CUCUGAGUACCACUCUCUAUAUCUUUUAUAUUUUUGUAUUCGUUUGUAGCACUUCUAUUUUAAAGAUUGCAUCUUUGUGGCAUUUCUUUCCUUUCUUUUUUUUUUAAUUUCUUUUUUCUUUUCUGGAGUGUGUGUGUGUGUGUGUGUGUGUGAAUUCCCUGGCAAAGCAAAGAAGUCUUCUCUUUCACACCUUUCAAUCCAUUAUAUUUUCUUGGAAGAAUCUAGGGUUGUUUUGACACCAUUUUCCUCUGUUUAUUCAGACUCCUUUUUCCCUUUUUCUUUUUUUUUGUUAACCUUCACUCUUCUGCAGCUUGGCUUCUCUGCUCUCUGUUUUGUUUUUGUGGGUUUUGAUUGUUCUUGCUUUAUUUUCAUCCACAUGCUCUUCUGCUCCGGAAUUUGAUUCAAAUCUUUCUUUGCUAGAAUCUGAUUUUUGCCAAGAAUGGGGUGUUUUGAGGUUUUUUUGCCUGUUUGGAUGGUUGAAGAUCUGUUGAAUCAGUGUGUUUCGAGUUUUUCUUGUUUCCCUUUUCUCCUCUCAUGUUGUACUUGAAUUUGGGCUUUUGGGUUUUAGGAAUUAGGGUUUUGUAUUAAUCUUAGCUGUUUGGUGAUGGAGGAUGUUGAAAAGGCAAAUAGUUCAGCUGUGGAAAGUUGUCACAGAGUGAUUAGUAUCUUAUCUCAACUUCAAGAUCAAAACCAGUGCAGGAAUUUAUUAGUAGAGCAAACAGGGGAGGCUGUGCACAAAUUCAAGAAAGUUGUUUCUCUUCUCAACUCCAGUUGUGGUCAUGCUAGAGUGAGAAAGAGCAAGAAAAUUCAAACUCCUCUCCCCCAAAAUAUUUUCUUGGAAAAUCCAAUUUUGCCAGCAGAUGAUCGCCAGUCCAAAUCCCUUCACCUUCCUCACCAAGAAAUCGUUCCCCUUGUCAAGAACACUCUCACAUUGGGGAGCCCCUCUCUGGAGUUGAGUUCAAAUGGCAAAAGCCUCCAACUUGCUCAGCAAAACUAUAAUUUUCUCCAACAACAGCAUCAGCAGAGGCUUCAUCUUCAGCAACAGCAUCAGCAGCAAUUGAAACAGCAGGCUGAACUCAUGUAUCGCCGCAGCAAUAGCGGCAUUAGCCUGAAUUUCGAUAGCUCUACGUGUACCCCAACCAUGUCGUCGACUCGGUCGUUCAUCUCAUCAUUGAGUAUAGAUGGUAGUGUGGCUAAUUUUGACGGGAGCGCCUUCCGUUUACUCGGGCCGUCUCGGUCUGCCGAUCAGAGCUCCUACCAUCACAAGAGAAGAUGCUUGGGAAGGGGAGAGGAUGGAAGUGUUAAAUGUGGAGGCAGUGGUAGAUGCCAUUGUUCCAAGAAGAGGAAGCACAGGGUGAAAAGGUCUAUCAAAGUACCUGCUAUAAGCAACAAGUUAGCAGAUAUCCCCCCGGAUGAGUACUCAUGGAGGAAAUAUGGUCAGAAACCAAUCAAAGGUUCUCCUCACCCCAGGGGAUAUUACAAGUGUAGCAGCAUGAGAGGCUGUCCUGCAAGAAAACACGUCGAGAGAUGCCUGGAAGAUCCGUCAAUGCUCAUUGUCACUUACGAAGGGGAACACAACCACCCGAGGUUGCCUUCCCAGUCUGCCAACACAUGAAUACCAUCGAGAGCUUGGUCGAGAUCGUGUCGGUUGUCGAGCCCUUGCCGCUCCUAAUUUCUUAGAAGUUAGCUAGAUUUGGUUGUGUACAUAUUUUUGCUUGUUUAGGCAGAGGUACGUACCGGCGCGGGGGUUUGCUGGUUGGGGGGCUGAAAUUGUGGUUGAGAUCAUUGGUUCUUGAAGCCUUAGGUAAGACAAGAACAAAUCCAAGAUUUGGGAGUUCCUGAUUGUAAGAAAAGUAUUCACCAUCAAUCGUCACUCUUUUGUUUUUGAGAUGUUUGGAGCUUUCUUUCUGCCA